CCAGUCUCCAAAUCCACAUCAGCAGGCACACCUGGCAGCCCAGUCUCCAAAUCCGCAUCAGCAGGCACACCUGGCAGCCCAGUCUCCAAAUCCACAUCAGCAGGCACACCUGGCAGCCCAGUCUCCAAAUCCACAUCAGCAGGAACACCUGGCAGCCCAGUCUCCAAAUCCACAUCAGUAGGCACACCUGGCAGCCCAGUCUCCAAAUCCACAUCAGCAGGCACACCUGGCAGUCCAGUUUCUUCUGGCAUGCCUGGCAGCCCAGUAUCCAAAUCAACACAUAUACCUGGCAGCCCAUUCUCAUCAUCUAGUACACCUGGCAGCCCAGUCUCAGCUAGCACAACUGGCAGCCCUGUCUCCAAAUCGGCUAGCACACCUGGCAGUCCAAUCUCCACAUCUUCAGCUACAACAAAGGAACCAAACCAUCCCUCGGAUCUGUCAUCUUUGCCAGUACAGAAAUUACGAACUAAAUCACUAAAGUUUCAGCCCAAAUGGUUUAGAGAUUUCCCAUGGCUUCAUGUCGAUCCAAAUGUGGAGGGGAUUUUGUGCCAUACUUGUGCUGUAGCAGCAAAGCAAGAUUUGUUGAAGAUGGCGAAAUACAAAGAGCAAACCUUUAUUUCAGUUGGAUUUAAAAAUUGGAAAAAAGCAAUUGAAAAAUUCCAAAGUCAUCAGAAGUCAGAUGCUCACAAAACUUCCAAUUCCAACUUGAUUAACUGCAACAAAACCUGUGGCAUUAACACCCAGCUAAGCAAACAAUUGCGCCAAGAACAGGCCGUAGCCCAAAAAGCCCUCCUCAAGAUUGUAUCUGCAACAGUAUCUGGUCCAACAGGGUUUGGCACUGCGAGGAAAAGAGGACUCGGAAGGAAACUUCAUGGGCCUUUUACACCUACUUUCCUUACAUGACAGUGAUCUUGGAUCUUGGAUACAAAGAAAAACAACGUAUACUUCUGGAGCUUGUCAGAAUGAAAUCAUCCAACUGUUCAGUCAUCAUGUCCUAAGAAAUAUUUGUAAGGAUAUAAACAGAUCGACCCACUUUGGACUGAUUGUUGAUGGCACUCAAGACUGCACAGGCACUGAACAAGAGGCAAUAUGCAUUCGAUAUGUCGACGACUUGUUUGAAGUGAGAGAGGACUUUGUGGGACUGUAUGAAAUGACCUCUACAACUGGGACUGCCCUUUGCAAAAUGAUAUCUGAUGUUCUUCAGAGGUUGCAGCUGCCAAUGAACAACCUAAGGUCUCAAACGUACGAUGGCGCCAGUAAUAUGGCAGGGAAACACACUGGGUGUCAAGCAGAAAUAAAGAAAAUUCAGCCAUUAGCCUGCUAUACCCAUUGUGGGGCACACAUCUCUCAUCUUGUUGCAUCAAAAGCAGUGCAAAGUGCUCCAUUUAUAAGGAAUGCAUUGGACCAUUUGCAUGAACUUGGCAAGUUGUACAAAAACUCAGGAAAAUUCAAACAAUUGUACCUCCACUUGCAUUCAAAUGACAAUGAUCAACAAGCCCCAUCCCGGCUGAAACC